AUGAUCAAAAGAGUCCCGAAACUCUACUGCGAGCACCUCAACAAGCUCAAAAUUGAUCGGCGGCUCCCUACUGCCGAGCUUCUAGCAAAGUUGGGUAUAGUCUCCUACCCACAUUCGGGCCUAGUGAACUGGACGAAAACAGGUUUAUUGACUCUCGACAAGAUCAGCUCAAUCAUUAGGAAAUCUCUUGAUUCCAGAGGCUACGAAGAAUUGCGCCUCUCCUUGCUUUCCCAUAAAGACGCCUGGGUCACAACAGAGCGAUGGUUCCAUAAGGACUUUUUCAAGAUCAAAGAUGAGAAUUUCUUGUUAGUUCCCACGGCAGAAGAACCCAUUACUGAGCAUAUGAAACGAGCUCUAGAGAGCUAUAAGCAACUUCCCUUGACAUACUACCAAAUCAACCAGAAGUUUAGAAAAGAAAAACGCGCGCGCGGAGGAUUAUUACGCGGUAAAGAGUUCUUAAUGAAGGAUGCGUAUUCGUUUGAUGUUGAUGAAGCUAGCGCAUUGAAAACGUACGAGGAUAUGACUGGAGCGUAUCACGAGAUUUUCCAGAAUAUCGGCGUGUCCUAUGUGAGGGCGCAAGCUGAUAGUGGCAGCAUUGGUGGAGAGAUGAGCCAUGAAUGGCACUUGAGCAAUGAGACUGGAGAAGAUACCAUUUUCACCUGCGACUCCUGUGGCCACGUCUCCAACAUUGAAAAGACACUUUCUCUUCCGACUGAUGAACAAUUGCAAAACUGGGGCAGUGGCGAUGUUAGCGUGGCAUAUUUCACCAAUAACAAGAGGGACACCUUGGUUUGCGCUUACUACCCUGCUGAUCGAGUGCUCGAGCCCAAAUUUCUCUUGCUGGAAAUUCCCGACUUGGACAUCACAGACGCAAGACCCGACAGCGAAAAAGUGCAGCAGUUUGAAACCAUGUCAGAAGCGGACAUGAACGCGUCUGUCGUUAGGGUCAUGGACGCGAGGUUGAACUCGCGCUCCAACUUUCCUGAUUUCCCAAUCAAGUUUGCCAAUAGAUCAAUGAUUACUACCCUUACCGACGUGCCUAUCGUCAGUGCAAACGAAGGCGAAGUCUGCGGAGAAUGCGAAGAUGGGACCUUGACAAAGCUGAAGGCGAUUGAAAUAGGCCAUACGUUUUACCUCGACGAUAAAUACUCGAAACCGAUGGAGUUGAAAAUCGAUGUGCCUACGGAAAAGGGCAUUGACAAGAGAUAUGUCAAGAUGGGCUGUUACGGAAUCGGAGUGAGCAGGCUCGUGGGUGCCGUGGCAGAGAUCAAUAGAGACGAUGGAGGUUUGAGAUGGCCGCGAAGCAUUGCGCCAUGGGAAGUGACCGUGGUUUCUGAUCACGACUCGAGCAAAAUUGACGAGAUGGUAGAGCAGUUGCUGCGGUUGGAUUAUCGGUGGGAUGACAGAAACGAGCCCAUCGGUAAAAAGAUUCGAGAAUCCAACAUUAUGGGGAUUCCACUAGUGGUUGUUCUAGGCAAGAAUUAUCCAGUAGUUGAGAUAGAGGUACGGGGCACGAUGGACACCACGGCGCGGGAACAAAUAAAGCAAGCAUCCAUUGACGCCGCUUUCCAUUGGGAAAUUGCUCCACAAGACCAUAAUCACCCAGCAAAGCAUUUUGUAGAUAAGGACCAUCUUGUUCAUGUUGUAAACAAGAUCUUAGUUCACUUGUAA